UUCUGUGCUGUAACGCCUUGUGGGCUUAUAGGUAGACGACGUUUCAGAGGAACACACUGUCUCCAUCUUCAGAGCGGAAGUCGCUCGUCAUACAAAAAGCUGAUAUAUGAGUAUAAACCGUACAUAACUAACUUCAUUAUUACGUAGAGUAUAAUAUAAUAGAGCAUAGUAUUGUACAGAUUGUGUACAGUUUUGUCGGAUAGCGUUUUAAGUAAUUAAUGAUUCCAUAAUUUCAGAACGACUUAUUUUAAACACCAGGGAAUACCGGCCACUUUAGCUAGUGUACGAUACAGUUCUGCCAGAGAAUAUCCAGAGCAAGAAUCUAACAGUGCCUUAAAACCAGUCUCUUCACAGGAUGAAGAUUGUUAUUCUCACUGCAGUGUUGGUAUUACUGUCAGAAGCAGGACUGACAAAUACCGGGAUGAGUGUCCCUCAGUGGUACACACCUUGCAGCAACAAAGAACGCCACUCACAAAGCCACAGGCUCAGGGCUGUUUCCAAUAAAAAUGUGAUUGGCCGAAAGCUGAUAAAAAGCCUCACGAAGAUGACACAACAGUUGAAUAAAACCAUGGAACUGUUCAAGAAUCAGCUGUUGGAUGAUUCUUACGAAGAAAUUCAAAGGGCGGUCGACGAGCUCCAGUACGUGCCGAAAUGGGUUCCUGGAAUGGGAAAUGUCCUCAUGCUAUUUGGCGAACGUUCGAUACAUCUGGAGGUUUCAAGAUAUCUUCCAAAGCUUCACGUAGAACUACAGAAAUUUUCCGUCGCUUUCGAAGCUGUUACUAACACGGAGAGGCAGCGAGACAUUGUGGAAGACACAAACACACUUUUGAUUCAGUUCCUGUGUGAGGUGGAGCAGGCGCUGGUGAUGCACCAGAUCGGCGUCCCUGCCCCAAGGGAAGAGCGCUCUCUGAUGGCGGACGACGAGAGAAUCCCACCGGAUGUUACGAGACAUCUAAUUCGGGACUGGGGAAUCCUCGUCAAGUACAGGGAUUACCUUCGAUACUGGCGUAAACUACUGACCAAGAUGGAGAAACAGCGCAGGAAAGAGCUCAAAGUGUGGAAAGAAGUUAAGAACCAAAUUCCAAACACACACGCGCGUAAAGUUCGGCCUUCAUCGGCAGAAUUUCAAUAAGCAGCGACCAGAAUUGUCGACAGCAGCAGGGAAGUUGCAAACUGCCCGUAACUUAUACUUACGAGGAGCUCCCAAAUAAAAAAACUUAAACGAGCACAAAUGUAGU